AUGGCUUCCACCAUCCUCUUUGACCCACCCAAAGCGGUGGUCUCUCGGCUUAGUCGCUCCACAACAGAUCCUCGUCCAAUAGUUGUGAUGACAUGUGGAAUCGCAGGAUCUGGCAAAUCUACUCUUUCUAAAUGGAUUAUCUCCAACUACCAGUCCUUUCAGCGUCUUUCAAUCGACGCCUGGAUUUACAAAAAGUAUGGCCUCUGGGGCAAAUAUUACCCCGCCGAAAAGUACAACGCCUAUCAAGAGGAAGCAGAAGUUGCGCUACGAUCUGAGUUCAUUUCCUUGCUUCGAGAAGGAGUCCAUAACGUGGUACUGGACUUUUCUUUUGCAUUCCGCAAGACACGAGACGAAUGGAAAGAUAUCGCCGAGUCUAAUGGAGCUCGCUGGGUUCUGUUUUACCUUGAUGUCGAAGCUGAUGAGUUGCGCCGACGAGUAAUAGCCAGAAACUUGUUGGAGAAUAAGGAUGGCGAUUCGGCAUUUUUGGUAACGGUGGAGGUGCUUGAACGGUACAUUGCUGGCUUCGAAAGACCAGAUGGAGAAGACGAAAUUGUUCUAUGA